AUGAUGGUGUUUGUCCACCAGCAUUUGACCGCUGGAGACGUUGUCAUCGUCUUGUUUUUCUCGCGCCACUGUCCACACUGCAUCCGCUUCAAAGCCAUCUACUCCCGGCUCGCCGAUCGCCUCGGCCAGAAGGCGAAAACUGAACAGAAUGGCGUCUACUUCGCCGCCAUGGACGCCGGAGCCGCCCAGGUCGGCGAUCAGGAAGACUCCAUUUGGGCGAUUCUGCGAGAGUUCCAAGUCGCCUUCAUCCCCGACGUGCGCAUCCUCGUGCCUCUCCACCGCGUAAAGAGCGUGGACGCGGACGCCCGGUCCCCAGGAAGUCCAGCGCGCGGAGGAAAAUUGCAAACGGGGAGCGUCCAAGACCUCGGAGUCGACUAUCAAGGCCUCUCCGUGUGGACCCUGCAAGUGCCCCACGAGGCCAUGUCCGAAGACGGUAUCCAUGCCCUCCUGCGCGUCCACGUUGAUUCCAAAGGAAUUGACAAAUUGGAAGAACGCGACGGCCAACACACGGAAAAAAGACGUUCGCGACAGGAGACGCUGGAGAACAACCUCAAAGAGCUGGCGUCGAUAUGCCCGGCGUCUCCUCCGAGUUUCUUCCCGCCGUCGACUUCGUCGUCGUCGCAUCCCGCGUUGUGUCGAGGGCAAGAGAGGUGGGAGGCGACGGCCGAGAGGGUGGAGGCGGAGACUCCUCGUCAACGGCUGCACGACGCCCUGGCCGUUUUGCUGCACAUGUUGAAGAACUGGGUAGUUGCAGGCGACACAAGCGCGCAUUUGUCAUUGGAGAAAGAACGCGCGCUAGUCCGCCUUCUCGAAGUCGCCAGGUAUGCGCUGCCAGGGAAGACCAUCAAAGCAGCGGUGUUUCGUCUCCUCCUCCAGCUCCACGAGCAAGGCUCUGGAGUGCAGCCUCUCCCCCCUGAUUUCCUUUCGAAGGACGACAUCCAGGGCGCCCUCAUGGAAGUGAACCAGAGCGAGAACGUCGAAACCUCCUCUGAGACAGACUCCGCCUCCACUGACGCUUCUCCUGCGCCCGCGUCCACGGGUCCCUCUGUCGAGGCGGCGGAGGACGACGCGGAACCUUCUGUCGUGCGCCUUUUGCCGAAGGACAAGUGGGAGAAGCUGCUGGCGGGGCUGAAGAUUGCCGGGGUGUCUGGGGAAGAUGCGACUCCAGGCUCGCAACUGCCUGCGUUGCGCCACUGCAGGACUCUCCUGUGCGGCGUGUGGACGCUCUUCCACAUUCUGGCUGAAGGCGCGCAUGCGCAGUUCAUGCGGAAAGUUGACCUCGCUCGCGCGAGAGGGUGGAGGCCCGCGGGCGCUGAGGCGCCGGAAAGGAAAGACCGGGAUGUCGGGGACCGCGCGACAGAUGACGACGAGGUCUACGUCCUGACGAGGGAGGGCGAAGAGCAGCAGACGCGAGAAAACGAUCGAGGCGAUAACAGGAACGGUCUGUGGUUCUUCGGACCCUACGACAGCGUGGCUGUGUACGCAGCCCAACAGUACAAGAAGCUGCUGCGAGCCGAGCGAGCAGAACAAGAGACCGGGGACCUGGAAAACGAAGACGCGUCGAAUCUGCGGAAAGAAGCCGCAGACGGAGAGAGCAAACACGAGAGCGAGGCGGCGUAUAUGCUUCAGGCUUUGAAAGAUACCUUUGGCCCCGUGCAAAACGAACAGGCUCUCAACGCGCUCGAGGAGGAACUCGUGGUUCUGGAGACGCAGUACGUUCUUCCGGCGAGCGUCGUCAUGGCAGCUGUACGCGACUGGGUCUUUUCCUUCUUCACGUGCAUCGCGUGCCGCACGCACUUUCUGCAGUGCUUCGAGCAGGGAUUCUACGGCAGAGACCAAGUGUCCCCGCCAACGGCCCACACGCGGGAAGGGUCCCCCGCUCUCGCUGAGAAGAGGCGUAUCCUGCAACGUAGCCUCAUCACUUUUUUGGAAAAACUCAAGAGAAUGGAGCUAGCCUCGGAACUCGCCGACUCCGCGUCUCCAGCCUCGUCGAAUGGGGAGUCGCCUACGGACGAGGAGCGGGAGGCGCUUCUGUCGAGUUUGCCGGCCUGGAUGUGGCUCUCGGCGGAUUCUUUCCGGGUCCGCGACUCUCUGGAAGUGGUGGAGGAAGAAGGAAACCUAAAGAAUCUCCUGCUAUGGCUGUGGCGACUCCACAACGCAGUGACCGUUCGGACGGCGGCCGAGGCGACUGUCGAAGCUCUGGCCUCCGAGGACGCGCUCGAAGGAGGAAUGAAGGCGCUGCAUGUGGGUCGAGCGACUUCUUUUUUCACCGCCAGUGGAGAGCCGCUGGGAAUCGGCGAGUUGGCGAAGCGGGGCUUGAAAACGGCGUACUUUCUGCAUGCAGACCCACGCUGGCCCCCGGCCGGGGAAGCUGCGUGUCGGCGCGAAGGCACGCCGCCUUUUCUGCUGACUCCGGACUACAUCGCAUCCAAAGGCGCGAGUGAGCAGGCGCAUCUUUGCGAAAACGUGGAUUUCACGGAAGACUUUGACCUCGUGAAAGUUCGUAAGUGGCUGCGAAGGACGUACUGGAGAGAGUCCUGGGAGCACUCGGGCGAAGGUGACGCCGUCGAUGUGAGAGAUCUCAGUGUGUUCGGCGAUGAGACCGCCCGUCUCCAUGCCACGUCCCUUCUCAGGGGUGCAGAGGAGAGCCGCGCGUAG